AGAGGAUUGUGAUUGCUAACGGGAGGUGCGCAAUGCGCAUUUAUUUAAGCUCUACAGAAAAAGAGUAUGUUUGUCAAAAGUGUACGUGCAGAGAAUGUGUGUCACAAGAAAUUGAGAAUGUUAUGUGACUGGAGAGAGCGAAUGAAUUUUGGAGAGAAUAGAAAAGGGAUUUGAAUCGUAGACUUUUAUUUUUGAUAUUAAUUUGAGUAAUUUGAGUUGCUAGACACAGUGACGUAGCACAUUGAGUAAAAAUGAUAUUAACGUAAUUUGCUUAACUGAAGUUGAAUUGAAACCUUAAUAAGGCAAUCAUAAGUGGAAAGACUCAACAUUAUGGCGACCCUGGCAGGACUCAAAGAAUACUUGGAACUGGCCGAGAAGUAUGGUUUAAGCGGCGAAUCAGCCUUGAAGUAUGCGAACGAGCAGGCAGACAGGGCAGAGAGGGCAAAGGCAAGACAAGAAGAAAGAGAAGAAAAGGCAAGACAAGAAGAAAGAGAAGAAAAGGCAAGACAAGAAGAAAGAGAAGAAAAGGCGAGAAAAGAAGAAAGAGAAGACAAGACAAGACGAGAAGAAAGAGAAGAGCGAGAACUCUUAAGACGACAUGAGCUGGAAAUGGAGCGAUUGAGAUUGGAGAGAGCAGAAUUAGAGAGCACCGGUGGUUCCAGGGAGCCGCAGCAGCCGAGCGAGCCUGCCCAUUCAGGGCCGGCCGUCAAGCGACCCAAACUGCCUGCGUUUACGGAUGGCAAGGAUGAUCUUGACAGCUACCUUAACCGAUUUGAGCGACUGGCCAGAGUAAACGGAUGGGACGAAUCGGAAUGGGCUGUCAGUCUCAGCGCUUUGCUGUCAGGUCGAGCGCUCGAAGUUUACACCCGAAUGAAGGAGGAUGACGCAAACGACUACAUGAAACUGAAGUCGGCUCUCCUGCACAGGUAUGGCCUCACUGGGGAAGGCUACCGGCUAAGAAUGCGUGAUGCCAAGCCGGAGCCGGAUGAGAGCCCCCAGCAGUUUAUUUUUCGUCUGGCUAGUUACCUAGAGAAAUGGAUCACGCUGACUAAAACUGAUCAGUCAUUCGAUGGUCUGAAAAACUUGAUCAUUCACGAACAGUUUAUGAACACCUGUCCCAAGCCCCUCGCCAUCUAUUUGCGAGAAAAGGCCACCUACUGCUUAGAUGAGCUAGCUGAGUACGCGCAAAGGUUCUUGGAAGCCCAUGAUCGGUCUCCCAGCAGUCUGAGUAGGCGUGCGACGGUCACGGAAGACCAUACCGCGCACGCACCAUCCAGAACCACUAGCUCAGCGACAGCGCUGCGAACUUCUCGAGAACAGGGCCAGAACUGUCUGUUCUGCCAGUUUCCACACCCGACCGAAGAGUGCCGAAGGGCUCAGACGCUCUCAGCCGCGGAGCGUCGAGAGCAGGCGAUGCGGCGUGGGGCCUGCUUCCUGUGCUUUCAGCCGGGACACCUCGCCGCGCACUGCCGGGAGGACAAGCCCAGAUGUCCGCUUUGCGGUGGGAAGCACAACCAGCUGGUCUGCGCUCCGCGGUCCAGCUUGCCAUCUACUGCCAGCUCCAGCGCGCGAGAUGGAAACGUACGGGAGGCAUCAGCGACGGCAGCUAGCACCAACAUGACUAGAAAGGAAGGAGCAGUUCUGAUGCAGACGGCCCAGGUAAAAGCGACAGGAGCAACAGGAGCACGACUUGUCAGAAUAAUGCUGGACUCUGGAAGCAACCAGUCUUUCAUACGGACGAAGACAGCGCGUGAGUUGGGCUGCGAGGUGCUGAGCCAGGAGCACCUGCGGGUCCACACCUUCGGAGGCGGCCAGGGGCUGCAACAGGCCAGUGAUAGGGUAAAAGCAACCCUAUCAGCAACACAUAACGAGGAUAGCAGAAUCACUCUGACAGCUUACGAAAUGCCAGUCAUCUGCAGUCCACCUCCGGCCGUGACGCAAGAGGAUCUCCGUGGCCAUCUGCAUUUAGCUGGCCUGAAACUGGCUGAGGAGCCCAGCGCUGAUCCCCUCAACGAAGAGAUCGAUAUCCUAAUCGGUCUUGACUACAUGCAAGAUGUGAUUGACGGGAGGAUGAAGAAGGGAGAGGACGGACCCGUGGCCAUGGGAUCACGAUUCGGCUGGAUUCUGGCUGGCCGUUCAGGCCGGAGCAUCACAGAGUCGACGCCAAGUAUCGUGAACUUCAUCAGGGCCGAGUCGACUGAUCGCCUUCUGGAAGAGCUAUGGAACCUGGAACGCAUUGGGAUAAGCAGCGAAGGAGUCAGUGACCGCGACUCUAAGAGAGAACUGGAAGAACUCGCUACAAAACACUUCGAAGAUACUUGUAACCGCCUUCCAGAUGGUCGGUAUGAAGUCCGCUGGCCCUGGAAGCCCGGACAUGUAGAGAUACAGACAAAUGAAGCGCAGGCUCUGGUUCGCCUUGAGGUCUGUGAAAGACAACUACGAAAAAACGGGCGUCUCAAGCAAUAUGAUGAUGCGAUGCAAGACUACUUAGAGCAGGGACAUGCUGAGAAGGCGCCGGCUGUUCCAGAUGGACCGGUGCACGUCCUUCCUAACCACGCAGUAUACAAGGAUGAUAAAGUCAGAGUGGUGUUUGAUGCGGCAGCUGGCCCUCCGAAUCAGUCACUGAACGACCACCUCCUGGCGGGACCCAACUUGAUCGCUGACCUGACAGGGGUGCUCCUGAGAUUCCGGACGAAGAGCGUGGGCGUGACAGCGGACAUAGAGAAGGCUUUUCUGCAGCUGUCGCUCCAUCCUGAAGACAGGGAUGUGACACGGUUUCUCUGGAGGGAGAACGCCACCGAUCGAGAUCCAGUUCUCUACCGGAUGACUCGAGUAGUUUUCGGAGUCAAGCCCUCACCGUUCCUACUGCAGGCCGCCCUCAGAAAACACCUGCAGCAGUAUGGAGAGUCAGAUCGGGACCUGGUUGACAAGUUACAGAGGGACAUCUACUGUGAUGACUUGAUAACAAGCGUGGACACUCAGGAGGAGGCGCAGACUCUGGUUGAGCGAACCAGGGAAAUAUUUGAAGCCGCACGGAUGAACAUGAGAAAGUGGACGGUGAGCCGGUCAGAAGACAUAAGCAGCGGUGAACAGACCAAGGUGCUCGGAGCCCAUCCUGACACAGCUUGCAAGGUGUUAGGAAUAAACUGGAUUCCAGACCAAGACAAGCUGGUGUUUGAAACACGCAAGUUCGCGGAGCUCACUACCGAAGCACCAGAGACGAAGAGGAGUAUUCUUCGCAUGUCAGCACGUUUCUUCGAUCCGUUAGGAAUGCUUACACCAUUCUCCGUGCGCACCAAGAUGAUGCUGAAACAGCUGUGGCUGGAGGGUCUGGCCUGGGACCAGCGGGCUUCCGAGGGUGUCUGCAGGAGCUGGAGACAAUGGCUGACGGAGCUCCAUCAACUGAACGGCUUCUCUGUGCCCAGACCCUAUGGAAACAGACUUCAAGACGGAUACCAGCUCCACAUCUUCUGUGAUGCCAGCAAAGAGGCGUACGCUGCUGUGGCGUACACAAGAGCCGCUGAACAGGAUCAGGCAGUCGGCCCGCCUGCCCUGGUGAUGUCCAAGUCGCGGCUCACACCUCGCCAGCCGGUGUCACUGCCGAGACUGGAGCUGACAGCGGCCCUGAUUGGUGCUCGGCUAGCUUGCUAUGUUAGGCAGCAGCUGCACGCGACACCACAAGCCGUGUACUUCUGGACGGACUCGAUGGUGGCUCUGCACUGGAUCCGUAGCGACGCCAGACGCUGGGGUGUGUUCGUGAAGAACCGAGUCUGCGAGAUCCAAAGUCUCAGCUCUCCUGCUGCCUGGAACCACUGUCCCGGAGCGGAGAAUCCCGCCGACCUGCCUUCCCGCGGCACGCCUGCGGAGAAAAUGAAAGGUGAAUUCUGGCUGCACGGACUUGAGUGGCUCAGAGAAGCGAAAAUCAGAUGGCCACAGGGGAUGCGAAAUGAACAGGAACCUGCGGAAUGCAAGGUCGAAGAGAGAAAGCAAGCACUUCCGGCCUCCAGCAGCUAUGAGCCUGCGCCAGGUAUUGGUCGUUUGAUCAAUAUUCAACGGUUCAGCAGUUUGAACAAGCUCCUGAGAGUCACAGCUUACGUCCUGCGCUGGAUCUGUAAUAGCAGAUCGUCAGAGAAGCAAGACGGUAUCAUGACAGCAGAAGAGCUCGCGAGGGCGGAGCGACUUUGGAUUCUGGACGCGCAACGCUCUCAGUUCAGUGAAGAAGUGGAGGCUCUGAAAGCCGGUCACACCGUGCCCCCUGGAUCGAGAAUAAAAGAUCUCGGUCCGUUCUUGGACGGGGAGGUCCUGAGAAAGGAAGGUAGGCUGCACUAUGCUGCGCUGCCAGAGGAGGAAAAGCGGCCAAUCAUCAUGCCACCGGAUCAUAGAUUCGUACAUCUCUUGAUCGAGAAGACGCACAAGCAGCUGUGUCAUGCCGGCACCCCGCAAGUUCUGAGCGCCAUCCGUGAUCGGUAUUGGAUCGUUCGGGGACGACAGAAGGUGCGGUCAGUGCUGCUGAGCUGUCGGAGCUGCCACCUGUUCCGCGCCAGACCGUUCUGCCACCAGAGGCCGGCCCCUCUACCCCGCAGUCGGACCACACCGGCCCGGCCCUUCAGCAGAACAGGUGUGGACUUCGCAGGGCCACUGUAUGUGAGACAGGGAAGAAAUUCCUGCCCCCUCAAGGCGUAUAUCGCCGUCUUCACCUGCGCAGUAGUUCGUGCAGUUCAUCUGGAAAUGGUGAAGUCGCUGACAACAGAGGACUUCAUGAAGGCUUACCGCCGAUUUAGCGCCCGACGAGGCUGCCGGGAGGCAAUCGGAACAGCUGACGCGGAGGCGCCGCUACCAGCAGAGGAUCGUCACCAGCCUGUGGACUCGGUGGCAGCGCGAGUACCUUCGGAACUUGCGAGACUUCCGUCACAACGCCUCAAGAGUGGACCUCGAGCCGGCACCGGGCGAUGUUGUGCUGAUCGAGGGGGAGAGGUCAUCCAACCGGCUCGUCUGGACCACGGGCACAGUGAAGACCCUGCACCCUGGCCGGGACGGGCGGUCCCGGGCCGCGACCGUGCACACCCUCCGGGGGGACGUGCGGCGUCCUAUUCAGAAGCUGUACCUGCUGGAGGCGGCCUCUCCACCUGAGGAAUGAAUUCCACCCCGGGGGAGAAUGUAGAAUAUCCAAAGAGGAUUGUGAUUGCUAACGGGAGGUGCGCAAUGCGCAUUUAUUUAAGCUCUACAGAAAAAGAGUAUGUUUGUCAAAAGUGUACGUGCAGAGAAUGUGUGUCACAAGAAAUUGAGAAUGUUAUGUGACUGGAGAGAGCGAAUGAAUUUUGGAGAGAAUAGAAAAGGGAUUUGAAUCGUAGACUUUUAUUUUUGAUAUUAAUUUGAGUAAUUUGAGUUGCUAGACACAGUGACGUAGCACAUUGAGUAAAAAUGAUAUUAACGUAAUUUGCUUAACUGAAGUUGAAUUGAAACCUUAAUAAGGCAAUCAUAAGUGGAAAGACUCAACACCUUGACAGUUAUUAUAU